AUGCAUCGCCUGUGGCAUGAGAAAUAUAAACGGCAAGCCGCCCGUGCUAUGAUGAUUCGAACAACUGCCAUCAGCCUGCUCGCUGUUCUCGCGGAAGCAGUACGCGCCCAGGCUGUCGCCUUGAGCGGCUACACGGUCCACGACGACUAUACCCGGACAAUGCUGCCGAGCUCCGCUAGCGCUAUAGAUAAUGCACACCACAUCUUCAACCAGCUUAACAGCGCUGGGAGGCAAUGGGGUUCCUCUCUGGCCCACAACGGCGUUGGUUUCUUCCCAGCUAUAGUUCCAGCCGGAACACUGCUCUACCAUGGCGGCCACACCGAUCAGCCGCCAACACAUCCACAGUGGCUAGCAUUCGAUGUAGAGCAUGCUGAGCUCUUCGCGGUGUCUCGUCUGAGAUCUUCUGGCACAACUAGAAGGGUCCAAGGCGGGCUAACCAGGAGUAACCAAGCUCCAGCGCAAAAGCCCGUACUCAUCGGCCUCCCAUCUCAUCACCGUGGUGAUCCCGCUGAAGACUCCUCCAGUCAUGGCCACCCGGCCGGCCCAGCUUCUGUUCCAGAGUGUCCCUCAGAAGGUUGCCGAAACAUUCGUGGAUAUUUUCACACAUAUCAGGCGUCUCGCGAUCUCCGUGUCCUCUACCUAGACGGCAUGGCCGCCGCCAAGACCACCAUGGGCACUCUUGACUCGCAGGACCACGUCCUUUGCGAAGGCAAGUUAGGCAAUCUAUCGGAUAGCUUCACCUUCGGUGAAGAUGAGAGAGCUAGCAUGAUUUGUGAGAUGCUCACAGACUGGGGCUAUGAUGGCUUCGUUAGGAUGGAAGGGGGCUUCGAGCUUGUCUACUGUGAUUUCAGUGCGGGAGUCAGCUUCCUUUCUGCGCGCCGCACAUUCUACCCCCAAGAUAAGCUCAGCGAUGAGGGACAACAAAUAUUCGAAGUGUUUAGGGCCGCCGCUGAGCACUACGACGGCAUUGGCGCCGAACGCCUCAGAAUUGACUUUUCUUCCAUGGUGUCCGGUUGGCUGUUUCCAAUCAAUCUCACAAAUGCUGAUCCUGAUCGGCCCGAGUUGCCUAGGUUCAGCUCUGUCAAGCAGCCUGAACUGAGAGCAAUCAAGAGCCAAGUGUCGCAUGCCUGUGCGUUGCCGCGACGGUUCACGGUUGAUUGGCAAGCUACAACAGACAUGAUUGUUAAACGCUUUUCCAGGCGAUUUAUUCGAAUGACGUCUCCGAACUGCUCAUUGCAUAAUUUCAUUGAAGAAAUCGAAUCGGCAACUCUGACCUAUGUGGACGCCCCAAGACGACCCGGCGAUACUUCAUCACUUCCCGCGGUAGACAGCCCAAUAGACUCUGGUGAAGUGUCCAUUACUGAGGAAGUUCUACAAUGUACGGAACACUUUCUGCUGCCGUCGACAAAGCUCAGAGAUCAAUGGGAAAUCGAGGACAAAUUGAUACAUUUGGCUAUAGAGACUGUUACCCGCGACAUUUGCACAGUACUGUUCUCUGUCAGGGCAGCUUUGCUCAAGGCGUCACCAGACGCAAAAUCCGGAGGCUUUCGAAUCAAUACGGCAAGCUCAACCAAAGAACUACGCGACGCAGUCGAGAAAGGUCGUCAUGAGCUUAGACGGCUCACCAAAAGGUUGGGUUGGAGCGAAAUGAAAAAGGUCAGCGUCUGUCAACCAGAUGAGAUGAUAUUUGCUGCAAUGUGGCCAAUAGGAAAUGACGAGGACCAUUUCAACCCCGGUUGUGUGAAGAUGAACGAUUUGAACUUUACUAGGCAGCGCUACUGGAAAUUUCCUCUGCGUAAAUAG